AUGCGGCUCAACGGCAUCUUGGCCGUACUGGGCAUAGCGGCAACCACAUCUGCCAUCGGCCUUCACAAGGCGGUGGACGGUCUACUGCAAGUCACUCCUUCUUUUUCUGGCAAUGAUGUAGCAUUGCAUCCCGGGUUAGACCCCAAACACGACUCCCAUAACCUGGAACAUCUCGUUGCAGGCCUUGAUAAGGUCCUGCAUUAUAGCCAAGAAGGGCAUCGUCCGGCUCUUCAUGGCGCAAAGCAUGCCUCCCUCGAGGCGAAAUUUGUGCGCAACACGGUCAUCUUAGAUCAAUCCGAUUACGUUAAGAGUGUCGCCUGUGAUGACAAUGACAUGCAAAUCUGCUUCAACAACCCAAUUGCAAUGGCUACUAUUGAGGCUUCAUGGUUAGUCCAGGAUGGGAUUAAUCUGGUAACUUACCAUGCAGGUUGUGGAGAUGAGAGCUCGGGGAAGCGUAGCUUCUUCCAUGCUUCUCAGCCUUUGGUCAACCUGGUGGACAUGUGCGUUGUGGUUUCUGUCACUCCUAUCCAAGAGUCGGACGCCCUGGACUCGGGUGUCAUGACCUGGGGCACAUACAACGAUCCAAGCAAGAGAAAGAGAUCGCCUACCAAGGGCCAUGUCCGCGCCACCAAGCCAGCCCAGCCUUACAACAGAGGGCGGCCAGAAUCUCCAGCAGCGCGCAAUGUUACUGAUCAAUAUGCUAGCAACGCCACUAUGGAUAUCACAUUGAACCCUUGGGCAAUGGAGAACUUCUUCAACAACUCUGAUCUGGAUACUACGCAUUUGGGGGAGAAGAUCGACACCAUGGAUUUCAUGGACAUGGAUGAUCCUGAAGUCCCCGAGGCACACACAAAAACGACUCGGCGGUCCUCUACACGUCGCCGAUCUGAGCGAACCAAGCGAACUAGGACCGAGAUCUCAAAACGCGCUUCAUCUGAGCUCUCUCGGCGAGACAUUUUCACUGACCUGUGGAAUGGACUCAGAGAUCUAGGUCGGCGAAUUGGGGACUUCUUCAGAAGUGCAGCCGACUUCAUUAAAAAGGUUGGCGACCAGAUUAUUGAGCUCGCAGUUAUCACUGCGAAGCUGGUGUUGGUGCCGUUCGGUGUCCCAUUCGACCACACAUAUCACAACGACAUCAAAAUCCACCAAUACCUCAAGAGCGAAAUUGGGGACCGGCCACCAGAAAUUUUCGGUAUGAGAGAUGGUUACACCCUCGCCACUUCUGGUAACUACAACAACCCUGGAGCGUUCCACUGGACGGUACAAUGCGCUAAAUGUGGUGUUCACGUCAAUAUCGACAUUGACGGCCGGUUGGCAUUCAGCAUCAAAGAUGGUAUCACCGAAGGCAGUAUCUCAUUCGUCAACAAGGAUGCUCUGACCCUAGACGCUCAGUUCGGAAUCAGCGCCGACGGCACAGUGAGCAAAUCCAAGGAUAAGAAGAAAUCUAUUAAGCCAAAGAAGAGUAAGGAUCUGAAAAGUAUCCCUUUUGGCGGAUUGAUCAUUCCGGGCAUCCUCACCCUUGGCCCUCAGGUGACCUUCGGUGUAGCGGUCAGCCUUGAGACUGAGGGCAAGGUUGAACUGCUUGUCGGAGGCAGUGUGUCGAUUGGAGCAGGACACGCCGUUGCCAGCCUGAAAGGCACAAACAAAAUCGAGGGCUUUAUGCCAAAAUUUGACCCCGUCUUCCGUGCAAAGGGUGAAUUUUCCCUUACUGGUGAUAUUGGAUUGCCUGUGGCGCUUGAAGUUGGGCUCACUGUUCUUGAUGGGAAAUUCAAGGAAACGGUUGGGCUGGUUAACACUCCUUCCGUCUAUGUCAAGGCCGUUGCAAACUUGGACCUCCAGGCACGUAGUGAGAGCACCUGUAAGAAUGGUGUUCAAUUGAAGGUUGGCGCGAAGAACCGCAUCCACGUUGCUGGAUUCGACGUUUUCGAAUACGAGCUCGUCAAUAUCCCACUUUUCGAAAAGGACCUCGGCUGCGUCAAUGCGGAUGGGUUCAAUGUUGAAUCUGAGAAGCAAGCAGACGGGAUCAUCAAAACGGUCACGGCCGAGACUGGAGACUCGGGAGCAGGAAAACCUUACAUUGCCGACGCCACUCGAGAAUACAAAAAGGUUGAGGGCACUCAAGGCUUCAAGAUUCUCAUGGCCGCUGACUCUGGCACUAUCAUGGUUUCUGGGACUAACGGGGGUCUCUUCCUCGUUGAAAAGGACAAAGGAUAUGAUGUCAGCGCACCGUGGGGUACUCUCGAUACCAAAGCCAACCCAUUGACACUGGAUGUCUUUGGACGUGUUCUGGCAUACAAACUUCUCAAGGCUUCGGAUAAGAAAGACCGCUUGGGUACGAAUGCUCCCAUUGUGGCUGACCUGAUGGUCUCAGAGCCACAAAGUGUUCCUGUGGGGUACCGAUCUACGGCGAUGAAACAGCUGGAAUCCUCCAAAUCUCAGAAGAGAUAUGGUAUACCUAUGGUAUAUCAAAACUUUUUGGGUAAUUUCGUCAAACCCAUGUACUACCCCACUGCUUGCAAAACCCCAUUUGGAACAAUGCUUAUUGCGACUCGCGAAAUUAUCACUAAGGAAGGGAAAGUCCAGUCAGUCUGGGCCCCCCACAGAGAUUUCACAGUGGAUAUGGACCGUGAGCUUUUGUCCCAUUUCGGUGUUUACCGGAAUGAGUGCAGAACGGUUCAGUUAAUUGCUAGUAGCUAG